AUGCCUGUAUCUGGAAAUUUUCUAUCACAGGACUCUACACUACAAAUAAUCAAUGCUGUAAGUAAUGGAAAUGUUGCAGUCACUCGAAAGUUAUUACGAUCAGGAAUUGAUCCUAAUAUCCGUAAUGAUAAAAAUCAGUCAUUAAUCUGCAUCGCCAGCCGUGCAGGAAAUUUAGCAGUAAUAGACGAACUUCUUCAAAGGGGUGCCAAAGUCAAUUUCGCGUCUACCGAUGGUUGUACGGCUUUACAUGUCGCAACUGAAGCUAAGCAUGAAGAUAUUGUUAAAAGACUUAUCGACGCUGGAGCUUCAACGACAGCAACAACUUUAUCGGGUUUAAAGCCGAUUGACUUAGCGAAAUAUGAAACUUCAAUUUGGUAUGCGCUGAGAAAGGCUGAGAAUGAUGAAAAAGCUAAAUCCGAGGCAGGUUAUGCUCAGACGUCGACCGCCAGAAAUCGAAAUCACACACUCCGUCGAAGCUCGUAG